AUGAGUUAUUCAACUUAUCCCUUCGUGGAUGAUGUGUAUGCUUAUUACAAUCAAACCGUAACGUUUUUGGGAAAAUUACUUGAUAUUUUACCGGGAUCAAACGUUUUAAAGAUUUACGUUAAAUCCUCAUAUCAGAAUGAUCCUUUAAGAACUUUCAUUGAGUUCCUUUUGCUUGUCUUUGCCGCUUACUAUGUCUUGAGAAAACCGAAGACUUCACCUGAUAAUAACUAUGUAGAACUCACCGGGAAAGAGGUAAAUGAACUGGUAGCUGAUUGGAAACCUGAACCUCUUGUAUCUCCUUUAGAUGAGAUGGAAAAAUUAGAGCUGAAUUCUCUUACCGUCCUUGAAUCCACUCAUAUAUCUACAAAGUUGACCGAUGGUCGUUCCAUCAUCAACUUUAGCUCUUUCAAUUUUCUUGGUUUGGCUGAGAAUAAAUACAUCAACGAUGCUACGGUGAGGACUAUACGUGAAUGUGGUUUAGGAGCUUGCGGACCACCGAAUUUCUAUGGUUCUCAGGAUAAACACAUGCGUCUAGAAAAAGAUAUUGCCUCUUUCAUUGGCGUCGAAGCAACUAUUGUGUACGCUCAGUCGUUUCAAACUAUUUCCUCGGUUAUUCCUGCUUUCUCCAAGCGUGGUGACAUAUUGAUCGUAGACGAGGCUUGCAAUUUUGCCAUUCAGAAGGGAAUACAGAUUUCUCGAUCAACUAUUCGUUACUUCAAACACAAUGAUAUGAAAGAUUUGGAACGCAUACUUCAAGAACUCGAGAACGACUUUCAACGUCACAAUCGUCCUUUGACGCGCCGAUUUAUCAUCACAGAAGGUAUUUCUGAAAAUUUGGGAGAUAUGGUUGAUCUUUCAAAAGUAGUUGCUUUGAAAAAGAAGUACAAGUACCGCUUAAUUCUCGAUGAAUCUUGGUCUUUUGGUACAUGUGGUCGUACCGGUAAAGGAUUGACUGAACAUUUUUCGGUUUCUCCUAACGAUGUGGAGAUGAUUAUUGGUUCUUUGAACACCAGUUUGGCUGGCGGUGGUGGAUUUUGUGCCGGAUCCACCCUUAUGGUCGAGCAUCAACGUCUUUCUGGUAUGGCUUUCAUUUUUAGUGCAGCUCUCCCUGCUGCGUUGGCGACUGCUUCUUAUGAAGCCAUUGCAAUUCUCAAUCGUGAUGGUGGAUCCAUGUUGAAUGAUUUACGUAGCAAGUGUGCUCUCUUCCAUGCCGCGCUUACAAGAAACGAGUUCUUUGAUACCACUAGUGACCUUGAAUCUCCUGUAAUUUACCUCCAUUUGACAAAGAAGUCUAUUCCUUAUAACAAGCAAGUUGCGAUUUUGCAAGAUAUAGUGGAAUAUUGUAAGGAUCAAGGCUUCUUGAUUUCUCGUGCUAAGCGCGUUGAGAAAAUGGAGCGUCUCAAGCUUCAACCCUCUUUGCGAAUUUGCAUAUCCACUGGGCAUACUAAUGAACAAAUUGAGAGACUUUCUUCCCUACUUAAAGAAAAUGCAGAUUCUAUGUUGAAAAAGCAUAUCGAGUCUCGAGCUUAA